AUGUACCUGCGCACUUUUGAGAGCUUCAAGCUGGCCAGGGGGAGCAUAACUCCGGUAAGAACCCCUCUUGUAGGGUUCAGGGGACACAUUGUGCACCCCGAAGGGAUGGUGACUCUGACGGUGACCGUAGGACGUCACCCCCGCUGCAGAACCAUCCCCGUUAACUUUGUAAUAGUCAAAGCCGACUCACCCUAUAAUCUACUCCUGGGUCGACCUACACUUAAUGCUCUGCGAGCAGUGUACUCCACCUACCAUUUAAGUUUCAAGUUUCCCACUCCUGCUGGGGUGGCCGAAGUCAGCAGUGAUGUCUAUGCCGCCCGAGAAUGCUACCUCGCCACUCUACAGGCAGCCUCUCCCUCAACCUCCGAAGUGAGGGCCGAGAGAAGGUCAAAUAUCCUCUUGAUCGACAGCAUCGAUCCUCGGCGGGCUGAGAAGGCACCAAGGCUAGAGACUGGGGAUGAAGUGGAAGAGUUCCCUCUGGACCCCACGAAGCCCGAUUAG